AUGCUCUCCUCGAUCGUAUGGGCCAGGCGAGGCGUCCCGGCGGCGGUUCCACGCACGCAGGACCCGAUCGACAGCGAGGACGAGGCGGAGGCCGGGCCGGAUGCGACGGUAGCCGAGGCCAGCGAGGCACCGAGCGGCGCGAAGCGGCGAGCUCGCGGCGACGCGGCCGACUCGGACUCUGACGACUCGGAAGGAGGCCUCGCGCUGCCGUCGAUGACGGGCAACCUCGCCUACUACUCCAGCCCGAAGGAGGACCCGCACAUGACGCUGCGGGAGGAGGACGACGUCGACUCGGACGAGGACGACUUCGCGCUGCAGCCGACGGACCUCGUGCUGGUCGGCGCACGGUCCGAGGAGCAGUUCUCGACGGUCGAGGUCUUCGUGUACGAGGAGCCGCACGACAACCUGUACACGCACCACGACAUCCCGCUCCCCGUCUUCCCGCUCUCCCUAGCCUGGAUGGACUACCGUCCGCACGCCUCGCUCGGCGCCGCGGACGCCGCGGACGCCCGCCGCUCAAACAUGCUCGCCGUGUGGGACCUGGACGUGAUCGAUGCGCUCGAGCCCGUGGCAGUGCUCGGUGCCGAGGGCGCGCAGGCGGCGCUGGACGCGCAGGACGGCGCCGCCGCCGAGGCCGUGGCCGCGCAGAGCCGCGAGGGGAAGAAGAAGAAGAAGAAGAAGAAGGGCGCGGAGCCUCAGAAGAGGCGAAAGGGCGGCGCGGCGGAGGAGCGCGCCGCCCCCGCCCUCCGCCCCGCCCGUCCUCGCCCCCUCCCUCUGCCAGAGCUGCUCCCGCGAGAGCUGCUCCCGCGAGCCGGCUGCGCUGCAACGGCCGCCCGCCAAGCCCGCCCCCUCAAGGCCCCUCUUCGCCGCACGCAGGGCCACACCGACGCCGUGAUGGCCCUCGCGUGGAGCCAGCUGCGCCGGAACGUGCUCGCGAGCGGCUCCGCCGACACCACCGUCCGCCUCUGGGACUUGUGCGGCGACCACCAGCAGUCCGUCCUCGCGCUCCGCCACCACCGCGACAAGGUGCAGGCCCUCGCUUGGCACCCCGCAGAGCAGGCUCUCCUCCUGUCCGCCGCGUACGACGCGCGCGCCUGCGUCGCCGACGUCCGCUCGCCGGGUGCGGCGCGCAGCUGGCAGCUCGGUGUGGGGUCCGACCCCGAGGCGGUGGCGUGGGACCCGCACCGGCCGCACCUCUUCGUCGUCUCGAGCGAGGACGGCACCGUCCGCUGCUUCGACGCGCGCUCCGACGGCGAGGCUGUCUGGGACAUGCGCGCGCACCGCAAGGCGGCGAGCGCCGUCGACUUCAACCCGGCCGCCGCGGGCGUGCUCGCGACCGGCUCCGCCGACAAGACGGUCAAGCUGUGGGAUGUGAGCGGCGCGGAGCCGCAGCUGAUUGCCACAAAGGACCUCGAGCUAGGCAAGAUCUUCGACGUGAGCUUCUCGCCCGACACGCCGUCGCUGCUCGCGGCGGGCGGCUCGAAGGGGAAGCUCGGCGUGUGGAACACGCUCGAGCAAGAGGCGAUGCAGCAGCGGCUGCCCGACGCGCAGGCGGCGCUCGACGCGGACGGCAAGGUGCUGAGCGGCGCCGUCGCGGGGAUGGGCGAGCUCAACGUCAACAGCUCCGACGAGGAGAGCGACGCAGAGGAGGCGGGGCUGGCGGAGGAGGCGGAGGAGAGCGACGAGGAGGAGGGGCGGGAGGGGGAGGAGCGGCGAGACGAGGAGGGGGCAGGUCGGCGCGCCAAGUCGACCUCCUCGCGGUCGGUCGGUGCGCGCAGUCAGAAGAUGCGCGGGGCGGGAGGGCCGAGGGCAGGAGCGCACGGGGCGAGGGCGACCAAGGCGCGACCUCCCAAGGGGGGCUCGUGA